UGGCGGAAAGAGGUGGAGACGAUGAGACGGAGGAGGAAAUUAUUGAUGAACAAUCGAACACAGGAAAUGACAGUGCGCAAACAUGCAAUAAACAGUUGACUGAAUGUAGUUUACAAUCAGAAAUGCCGCUAGAUAAACAACACUCAAACGAUAAGAGAGAUGAAUCGCCACAGUCUGGACAGAGAAACACGGAAGAGAAACUGUGUGGUUGGCUGAUUUAUAGAAGUAGAGGUCUUAAAGCCUCCAAACAACGAUGGUUUCAGCUGGGGGAGGAAAACUGCAAACUUUACUAUUACAGACAUGAGCUUGAUCUUGUUCCUAUUGGUGAAAUAACAAUUGCCACUGCUACAUUUGACUUCGAUGCAAGAAAUGUAGAUAAACCAGGACAGUUCCAAAUUAAAUCAGAUGGUAAGGACUACGUGUUGGAUGCAGGAAAUCGACAGAAAAUGUUCUACUGGCUUCAGGCCCUCCAAACAAAAAGACGAGAAUUCAAUCUUACAAGAGUAACUGUCUCCAGGGAUAAACUAGGGCAUUCCUCUAGGAAGCAAACCACCAUCAUUGGGGGCCUAUUGUCCAACUGUGCAGGGUCGUCCGGAUCUGUCAACCAGCCAAUCUCCGACAUUGUCAGUGACCUUCCAGAGAUUUUUGUGCCAGAACCGGACAUGGGAAGUUCUAGCAGCCUGAGUUCCCAACAUGGGGCCUCUACAACAAACGCCAAGCCCCCGCUUAUGUCCAUCAAUAGCUUUAAACAGACAUGGCAGAGUCUAAAACUGCCAGCACGUCUUACCAAAGAAAGUCAGUCACAGGAAAGUAACAGCAACUUCUACUGUGAUUUAAGACCAUCUGGAGGAUGUAUGUUACUUAGCGAGUCUACUUCUAGCCUUGAUUCCACCGAUAGCCUUCCAGCCAGUGAUGCUAGUCAUGUUGAUAUAGUGCCGGGGGAAAAACUGCGCUCUUUUUCAAAUUUGUCUCAGACUGUGGAUGAUAAUAUUUUGGAUUCAAAGGAAAAUACCCUUACCAGUGAAAGUUUAAAUGCUAACAGAGCCCUGAGUUUUGGAAAUUCCUGGGUAAUAUUUACCAAACAGGACUUAGAUGACAUUCAACAAGCAGGUCAGAUUCGCGACCAUGCCCUAAGAAGCUCAAAUCUGUUGAGCAAUGUGCAUUCUAAAUCUGAGGGAGAAUUACUAAAUCAGUACGGGGAAGGUGAGUCAAGGACACGUACAGGGUCAGGAGCUGUCAGGGGUAAACUAGGUCAAAGACAAACUGUUUUGGACAAUGGGAAAGAAACUGGGUCAAAAUGGGUCAAAGGGCAUCAAGUUCAAGGUCACAUUGAAGUCAAUGUGAGGAAAGACUCAGGGCAUGGAAAGGUCAGGGGUCAGCAAGGUCAAGGUCAAUCUGGUGUAGAUGCUGGGAAAGCGUCCAGAAUAAUAAACACAUUUUCCAAUCUGAAGAAAAAGAAGUUUGGACGUAGGCAAAUGUCUGUACCAAACAGUAUAAAGCCACAGGUGGGGAGUGUAGGACAGGGUACAGAAGGCACCCAGAAAGAUGUAGGAGACCUCCAGGAGGAACUGAAUGCCAACAGAGAGAUUAUCUCCCUCUUACAGAACCGCCUUGAGCAAAUAACCAAGAAACAGGAGGCAAGGGAAGGAAUCAGCAAUGCGAGCGAUGAUGAGAAGACAACCAUGUUGCUGGAGCGAGAUGGUCAGAUACAGGAGUUACAACAGGAACUGGAACAGGCCAACCAGAAGUGUCGGGACCUUGAAAGGAAAUUGAGAAUUGCCGAUGAAGAGCUGAAGGCCAGCCAUGACCAGGUGACAAUGUACGAUGACAUGUUGAAGGCAAAGGAGGAAAGCCUUGUGGCAAUUCGUAGUCAACUGGAGAGGGACCGAAAUGCGUCGAUUGGUAGUGGGGACCAGCCGGACGUCAUCCAGUCCUUGACCACUCCUGACUCCACUCACUCACUGGAUAAGGUGGAAAUGCGGGACAUUGAGAGAUAUAAGGACAUGUGUCAAGGCUACGAGUUGCAGCACAAGUUCCUAACCAAGGAAAUCCUGGAGCUGAAUGACCUUCGUCAGGACGACCUUGCCAGGGAGAAAACACUUACAAUGAAUUACGCGAAACUGGAGGCGAAAUACUACCAGAUUAUGAGCAAGUACCUUGUGCUAUUGAAACAGCAGAAAGAACAAAGCCCCGUCAGAGAUGGUGAGGGUGGUCAGGAGGUGGUCAGUCAGCUUCUACACGACGCUCUGGAGGUGGACACAGAUGAUCUAGAACUCAGGCUCACUGGCAGUGUAGAUGAGUAUGAUCGAUACGGCUUUUCCCGGCGCCACAACAUGGAGGAGACAGAGGAGGAAACAGAUAUGGAUCCACUCAUUAACAAGGCUGCAGCCUUCGAGAGACAGUCAGAGUAUCUCAACACAAAAGUUGAAUAUGCAGACAGGGAUGCGUCACAUCAGGUUAAGUGGGAGAAUUUUAUGGUAGGUCGGGGCGGGAAACUGCAGCGGUGCCAGGAGCUUAAAACCCUCAUUAGGCAGGGUGUGCCCCACGAGUACAGGGAGGAGGUCUGGAAGGGCUGCAUCCAUUACUGUGUGGGUGAAUUCCGGGAACAACAAGGGGAUGGGUACUACCAAAGUUUGCUCCAGAUGAAGGCAACAUCCAGCAUGACAGACCCAGCCAUAAAACAGAUUGAGUUGGACCUAUUGCGCACCCUACCAGACAACCGCCACUAUGAGACGAUCGAGUCUGAGGGAAUCCUGAAGCUCAGACGAGUGUUGUUGGCCUUCAGUGAACAUGACAGUCAGAUUGGAUACUGCCAGGGUUUGAACCGGCUAGCAGCCAUUGCUCUGCUGUUUUUGAGUGAGGAGGAUGCAUUCUGGUGCUUGGUGGCGAUCGUGGAUCAUUUGUUACCCCAGGAGUACUUCAGCACAACACUCAUGGCUGCACAGGCAGACCAGCGUGUAUUAAAGGACCUUGUACGGGAGAAAUUACCGAUGGUUCACCAGAAGCUAGAGGCACACAAGGUCGACCUGUCCCUUUUCACAUUCAACUGGUUCCUGACAGUGUUUGUGGACAACAUUCCCACUGAGAUGUUUCUCCGCAUCUGGGACUCAUUUCUCUACGAGGGCAGCAAGGUGUUGUUCCGAUUUGCCACAGCAUUCCUCAAAAAAGCUGAGCCUGAUAUUCUAAAGGCAAAAGAUGGUCUUGAUUUAAACAGACUUCUUCGAUCCAUUGGCAACAGAAUGUCUAAUGUCAAACAGAUCUCUGAGUACGCCUUCAACUGGAUCAACCCAUUUCCAAUGAAGUUUCUGGCUAACAAGCGUGUCCAGCAUAACCAAGAUAUUCAGGUUGAGCUGGCAGAGUUGGACAAGAUCAGACAUGGAAUCAUGAUAGACCGGGCAAAUAAACAACAACAACAAGAUGAUGACUGCAGCGACGAGGACUAAUCAGACUUGGAAUUGGGAUGGACAAACAAAUAAACAACAGCAACAAGACGAUGACUAUAGCGGCGAUGACUGAUCAGACUUGAAAUCAAUAUGGACGGGGCAAACUAACAACAGCAACAAGAUGAUGACAUCAGCUACAAGACUGAUUUAACCAUGACAUUGCCAAUAAAACUUGCCUUUUUCCUAUCUUUCGGAAGGUGUCAUUUUUUAUGCAAUGAGUAUGCAAUGCAUACUAAUCAUGGAGUAGGCUUGUGUGUAAGUUAUAAAAGUGUAACAGUGGACUAAUAAACUGAUAUUCACCAUUUUCACCAUUUUUGAACCAAAGAAUGAAAGGCUUUUCACAGACUUAUUGAAGGGUGCCAUAAGAAUUGAAAUAUGUCCCUAGCAGGUUAGCUUAAAAAAAAUAUUGAAAGGAAACUUUUUAAGCUCUGUUUUGGUUUUUAGCUCGACUAUUCGAAGAAUAAGGAGGACUAUACUGCUCGCCCCGGCGUCGGCGUCGCCGACGGCGUCCAAUUAAAGUUUUAGGGCAAGUUGGGAUUUUCACUUAUAAGUCCAAUACCCUUCCUUCAAUUGACUUAAUACUUCACAUAGUUGUUAAGGGCCAUAACAGAAUGAGAUAACUCCAUAUUAUCCUUUAUACAAAUUAUGGCCCCUGAUUGACUAUGGAACUUAGGUUAAAGUUUUAGGGCAGGUUGGGAUAUUUAUUAAUAACUUCUAUACCCUUCCUUCAAUUUACUUAAUACUUCACAGAGAUGUUCAGGACCAUCACACAAUGAGGUUACAUAACUCCAUAUUAUCCUUUAUACAAGUUAUGGCCCCUGAUUGACUUUGGUUAAAGUUUGAGGGCAGGUUAAAGUUUUAGGGCAGGUUGGGAUAUUUAUUGAUAACUUCUAUACCCUUCAUUCAAUUGACUUUAUACUUCACACAAUUGUUCAGGACCUUCACAAAAUGUGGUUACAUAAAUCCAUAUUAUCCUUAAUACAAGUUAUGGCCCCUGAUUGACUUAGGUUAAAGUUUAAGGGCAGGUUAAAGUUUUAGGGCAAGUUUUAAUAAAAACAAACUUAUAUACCCUUAAUUCAAUGCACUUAAUACUACGCAGAAUUAUUGACGACCAUCUUACAACAAAGAACAUAACUCCAUUUUAAACCUACAUAUAAAUUAUGGCUCUUGAUUGUUUUUAUUUUUAGCUUAACUAUUCGAAGAAUAAGAAGAGCUAUACUACUCACCCAAGCGUCGGCGUUGGCGGUGUCGGCGUUGGCGGCGUCGGCGUCACACCUUGGUUAAGGUUUUGCAUGUAAGCACCUUUAAGUCAUUAUCUCAGCAAAUACAUAAUGUAUUGCAUUGAAACUUUAGAUAUGUAUUCCCAACUAUCAAACCUACUUAAUUAAUGAAGUUUAUUAUUUGACUUAGAAUUCUGGUUAAGGUUUUGCAUGUAAGCACAUUUAGGUUAAUAUCUCAGCAACUACUUGAUGUAUUGCAUUAAGACUUUAUACAGUGGUACUCAACCAUACAACCUACUAAAUUAACCAAGUUAGAUAACUCUAAUUUGCAUCUAAUGCAAAUAAUUGCCCUUUAUUAUUCGACUUAUAAAUUCUGGUUAAGAUUUUGCGUGCAAGCACACUUAGGUUAAUAUCUCAGCAACAAUUUGAUGUAUUUCAUUAAGACUUUAUACAAUGGUAUUCAACCAUCCAACCUACUAAAUUAAGAAAGUUAGAUAACUCUAGUUUGAAUUUAAUGCAAAUAAUUUGCCUUUAAUAUUUGACUUAGAAAUUCUGGUUAAGGUUUUGCAUGUAAUCACAUAUAGUUAAUAUCUCAGCAACUACUUGAUGUAUUGCAUUGAAACUUUAUACAGUGGUACUCAACCAUCCAAUCUAGUUAAAUAACCAAGUAAGAUAACUCUAGUUUGCAUUUAAUUCAAAUUAUGUCCCUUUUUUAUUAGACAAAGAAAUUUAAAUACAUCAUGUAUUGCAUUGAAACUUUAUACACAGGCUCCCAACCAUUCAACCUUCUUAAUUAAUCAGGAAAGAUAACUCUAUCUUGCAUAUUAUAUAAUUUUUACCCCUUUAUUAUGGGACUUAGAAAUUCUGGUUAAGGUUUUGCAUGUAUGGUUACAUAGGUUAAUAUCUCAGCAACUACUUCAUGUAUUGCAUUGAGACUUUAUACAAUGGUACUCAACCACCCAACCUACUUGAAUAAUCAAGUUAGAUAACUGUAUUUUGCAAAUAAUGGCCCUUUAUUAUCGGACUUAGAAAUUCUGGUUAAAAUUUUGCAUGUAACAACAUUUAUGUUAAUAUCUUGGCAUGAUGUAUUGCAUUGGAAUCUAAUCUUAUUUUACAGUGAUCCAUGUUUCGCCGAAACGUUUCAAUCCUUACACUGAAAAGCGGAGGAAUAGUCGAGCGUACUGUCUCUGUGACAGCUGUUGUUAUUUUUCUUUUAAUUUCUUUUGAAAGGCACAUUUUUAUAUUCUUAACCGCAUUUUCAUAUUGAAUGACUUGCUUCAUUGUUGGGGUGGGCUGGUGGGAGGGAAGCGUCAAAGUCACCUUAUGUAUCGAAUAAUUUUAGCUUUUUAGCUAGGCUUGACAUAAAGAGACCAAACUUGGUAAAUAUGAAGAGUUUAUAGAGACCUUUUAUUGGAAUGCAUUUGAGGCCCCUAGGAUCAAGGUCAAGGUUACUAUUUAUAGAAAAAGGGUUGGUAAUUAAUAACUUAAGUAAGUGUCUACAUAUUGUGACCAAACUUGGUAUAUAGGAAGAGUUAACAGAGACCUUUCCUGAGAUUGUGUUUUGGGCCCCGAGAGUUAUGGUCAAGGUCAAGGUCACUGUUGCUAAAAAUAGAAAUAUGGUUAGAACUGAAUAACUCAAGUAAGGGUUGACAUAGUGUGACCAAACUUGGCAUAAAGGUCAAGUUUAUGCAGAGCUUUCAUGGAUUGCCUUUUGGCCCCCUAGUGUCAAGAGUUUAUGGAUGACUUCCAUGGGAUUGUGUUUGGGGCCCUUAGGAUCAAGGUUACUGUUACAAAAAAUAAAAGAAAGCAGUUGAAACUGAAUCUCUUCUGCCAAUCAUUAAAAACCUGGUUUUGUCACAUCUCGAUUCUUGUUCACUUUUUAAUUUGAUUGGUUUAUUGCCUUUGACAGGCACAUAAUACAUCGUUAUUGUAUUCACUUCUAAGUCAAAGCGGCGUAGUCGAGCGCGCUGUCUUAUGACAGCUCUUGUUGUUAAUCUGUUUAAUUAUAGCAUGUAUGUAAUGUAGCAAUCAGAUUUAUAUGUUGAAUAAAAUUUGCCUAAUCUUACAUGAUGUGGUGCCAUACAAAUGCCUUAAAAUGUUCACUGUGAUAUUAUUGUCUUUGCUUGCCAUUUAUAAGACAUGUUCUUGUUUUUAAAUUGAUCUACUUAGUGGUUUUUUUCCAGAAACUUGAAUUAAGACUUUAUUGUAUUUUUAGAGCUUUAAUUUGUACAUAUGUCUUUAUGUAGAACGGCAUUUCAUUUAUUAUUUCAGCAUUUUGAUUUUGUAUGUAUACCUGUGCAAGUACCCUAUUGUUCAAUUGUCGAAAGGAUUCUUUGAGCCAGUAGGCCCCAAUAUCUUCAGUCCCUUAUAGCAGGAUCAAACAAAGCUCACUAUUUUUGUUUUGGUGUAAGUUAUGUUUUGGUAAACUUCUAUGCCCCAGGGUCCUGUUUCAAUAAAGAUCGUAAGGCUUUACAUCCUAACUUUCUAGUCAUAACUCCGUUUUGAGCAUACCUGUGUUGCAAUAAAAAUAUUUUUUAGGACAUUUAUGGCUUGGACUCUGCCUGUAUCUUUAUAGGUUUUACAGAGAACUCUCAAGCAGCGUUAUGUUUAUGACCAUUUUUGAAAUGGGCCCAAGUCUGAAAAAGAUCAAAAGGCUUAAUAUUGUAAAUUUCCUGAUGUAACCUUGUCUUUGGAGUAAAAUGCAUUUCAAUAAAACUAUGUAAAAGAACAUGUAUCACAAAGAUUCUGCCUGUAGCUUUGUGAGUGUACCUUAGCACUCUUAAACAGUAUAAGGUGUGAAACUGAGUCCUGAGACGUUUAAUGUAAUUUUCUUUACAAUAUUCAAGAUGUUUAGCUAUUUUUUUAUUUUGAGAAUUUUUGAGAAAUUGGCACCAGGUGUCGUUGUCUGUGUACCUGUCAUCAAAAAAGAUGGUCAUCACCUUAAAAACAUGAAGAUAUGUAGUGUGUAGUAAGUCUGAUAAGUCCAACUGAAAUAUUUGUUAAGUUAUGUCCCUUUGAUUAAAAAACAACAACAGAUGUUCUGUUUCAACUGAUAAUGGACACUGAGGUAAGUGUAUAAAGUCAUGAUCAAGAUUUUUUUUUUAAAGGAUUUUUUCAUUUUGUUAACUUUAUUUUGCCAUACAUUAUUACAUGUAUGUGUUUAAAUGUUCAUGAGUGUAAGGAGUUUUCAGUGCAGUUUAUAUGUGAAUAAAAUACCUGUUUAUUAUUAUCAUUAUUAUAAUUAUUAUUAUUAUUAUUAUUUUUAUUAUUAGUAUUAUUAGUAUUAGUAUUUUUAUCUUUAUUUAGAUAUGUAAACUUUUUGACAAUUAGUUCAUGUUGUUCAGCCUUGCCAUUAUUUCUCAAAAAAUCUAAAGCUUAGUUGUUUUGUUUCAUUUAGCCAAAUUAGUUAAACUAGCUAGAUUUUACCACAUUAAAAACAGUCUAUCUUGUCUUUAAUUAAACUCGUUGUAAAUGUCUGAAAUCGCAUUGAAAGGAGGAGAUUAUACAAUCUUUGAUUCUGUUAUAAAUGAUUUAAGUUUGUAGGAGAGAUUGAGGCCAGGACCAUAUUUGAUAUUCAUCUUAGAUUGGUCCUAACAUAGGAUUAAAGUAUGAGUGUUUUCAUUGACCAAUUAUUCUAAAAGUUUAAUAAAAAACGUCAGAUUUCACCUUCGUCCUGAUGAUUGUUGAAUACGCCCCCAGGUGGACUAUCACUUGCAUCUGUCAUUUUAAUUGUAGAUAUUUGUGUCAUAAUCCAGUCAUUUCAGAUAGAUAUGCUUAACACCAAAUGUAAAUGUGCAAUUUAUAUUGGAAUUAAAUGUUAAACGGCAGUUUGAAUACAUAUCUUUAUGAAAUGGGUUUUUGAAAUCACAAAUCUCAAAACGUUUAACUCUAAUUCAGUAUUUACAUUAAUUUUCUCUUCUCUCUUAAAUGAUAAGAUCAGGGUGAGGUUUUUCCUGAAUUUGUUGAUUAAUAAAACGAUGGCUACUGCUUAAAAAGUUCCAGUAAUAAUGCGAUAUUUGUCCUGGAAUGUUUUGUUUUCUUUCACCAACUAAUGAUGGUAUUGUUAUAACAUAAAGGGUAAAAAAUAGAGGCAUGUGUCAUUUUAUUAUUAUUAUUAUUAUUAUUAUUAUUAUUAUUAUUAUUAUUAUUUUGAUGAUGAUGAUGAUGAUGAUGAUGAUGAUGAUAAUGAUGAUGAUGAUUUUUGUUGUUAUUAUAAUUAAAUGUAUUUUAACUUUGCAUGUUGAUAAUGUUGUUGAUUAUGUCGAUUAUGGUGCUACAGUAUUUGAUAUUUUGUUAAUAUGUUGACGUUUAUUUUUGUGUGUGUUAAGUACAAUAUUUUCUACAAAUGAAGUUAUUGUGUAAUAUAUUAUCAUUCCAUUAAAUCCAUUGUGUUAAAUGAACUUUAAUUGUUAUUAUGAUGUGCAAUAAAUUUGUUUCUUAUA